AUGUCGAGCGUUCCCAAUACUCCAGGUGGUCGGGUUACAAGGUUACACCCUGAGGGUAGUGUAGCCCCUACCACUCAAGGGGGGCAACAACCAGCCACCCCAGCGGUGGAAAACCCUGCCACCACCUCUACAAGUACCAAUGCAAUCCUUCAGGCUUUAGCUGGUCUAAACCAAAGGUUCGAGGAACAAAAUCAGGAGAUGGCUCGUCUACGUAUACAGGUGCAGUCUCUCCAAUCUGCUUCUCACGAUGGAGGUUCAAAUGAACCUCCCUCCCCAACCAGGACGGCCAUCCCACCGCCUGGUUUCCGUCGCGAACUCCCCGCACAUUUAGAGGGUCAAUCCCUAGCUAAUGCAAACGCGUUAGGCGUUCGAACCGGGGGGAUCGAUCGUCACUCCCAGUCCCCUGCCCCCGGCUCGGGAUUUACUCUUCCCAAGUUACCCAUGGCCAACCUGGAAAAGUUCAAGGGAGAUCGAGGUAAACUUCCAGCUUUCAUAUCCCGUGCUAGAAUGAUGCUAGAGAUGGCAGGCAACAAUAUGCUUCCAGAAGCACAGGUGCUCUGGAUCGCCUCUCACUUGAUAGAGGACGCCGGGGCAUGGUGGGACGGUUAUUUUUCAACACCGUCCGUCGAACGCCCGGGUUGGACCCGGGAACCAGAGGCUUUCUUCGCCGAACUCAAAAGAAUUUACGGCGACCCAGAUCGUCACCGUUAUGCGGUUAACCAACUACGAUCCAUCAAGCAAGUUCACUGCCAUUAUUACUGA